UCUCUCUCUCUUUCCCUACCCUCAGGCAGUUGAGCGGACUUUAGAGAGAACUCGCAGCAGCCACACAGCAAGAGGAAGAGGAAGCUUCUUCCACUGUAACGAUCCGGUUUGAAAAAGCUGAAGGAAAAUGGCGCUCAAUGGCGUUUUUGAUUUUCUCCAAGAGAAUGUGAAGAAGCCUCGCUUCUGCAAGUCUCUGCCUUUAGGAGAAAACUGGAAGUCUAAAUCAAUGAGGAUCAUACCUGAAGAGUUCGUGAGAAGCGCUCAUGGUGCAUUUGAGCACAGGCUGGUGUUCAGUGUUUCUUGGGGCAAUUCGUGGCAAGUCUGGCUCCACAGAGACAAGAAUGGUCUGUUCAUGGAAGAAGAGGACUGGAACGAGUUUGUGGAUGACAACUUGUUAUGCCCUAACGAUAUCUUGCUCUUCACUCAUGUGGACACAAUGUUUACUGAAGUGAGAAUCUACAAAAAAGAUUUGCCCUUCUUCAAACAAGUCAUCUCAGCACCUCAAGUGCUUAACCCUAAGCCAAAAGCCCCUUCCUCUGCCCCUCCUGGCUUUGCUCCCUUUGCUUCUUCUGCCUCUGCCUCGGCAAGUAGAGCGAGACAGAGCUCUUCCCCUGUCCAAAACCCUGAGCAGUACCUCGUAAACCCCCAAAACCCCUACUUUGUCAAGACGCUGUCCAAAAAGAUCGAUGUUCUGUAUGUGAACCAAGAGGUGAUUCAGAGGUAUGGCUUGAAGUUUGGUCCCCAUCUGUCCCUCGUUCAUUAUCUUCUUCCCGGAGAAAAACACGAGGCUGUGAUUAAGAUCUACCGCAACGCUCCUUGUUUCAAUCGCUGGGCAGCUAUAUGUAAGAAGUACAACAAGAAAGAAGGAGACAGUGUUGUUUGUGAGCUAGAACGCUCAAGUGGUGUGGUUACUGCUGUUAGAGUGCACUUCGUUGAUGAAUGAAGAGACCAAGAAGACCUCUCUUGUCUUCUUCCUAUGACUUAAGCUCCCAAUAAGUGUUUACCAAACUUACUAUUUGUAUUGCAACAAUUAAGUAACUGUCGGUGUGAUACUAAUCUAAUUUAGAGCUUU